CGAAAAAUCAAAAAAUGACCUUCCCAAUUUCGUUACAUUUAUCAACCAGACAACAUUUUGUUUCGGAAUAAAAUACUCCACUUGAAGAUUGGACGAAGAUUUCUGGAAGGUAGAAAAGUCGUUAAUAGUAAAUAAAUAAAAAAUAAUACACACUAUAGUAAAACUAAUGCAUUCCUCGCUGUAUUUAGAAUCUAAAAUUACGUAAGAUAAAAAACAAAAUUUAUCAAAUACUCAAGAUUCGCAGAAUCAAUUCCUUUAACAACACUGAUAUUUAUUAUAAUAUAAUAUGUGCCAUAAAUAUGAUAACUAAUACUAUGCUGAGAUAUUUUUUUUAUGAGGUUUCUUGUAUUCAAACGGACACUCCGUAAAAUCCAAAAAAACAUCCAGUGGAGUAAAAUUUUGCUUAGUGUGUGUCCAUUAAAAACAAUAGAUAACAUUUUUGAAUUAUUAGGUAGAUUUUUUGAAAAAAAUAUUUUAUUUUACAUAGGGAAUAGGUCGCACUGGUGCGGAACGAGUAACUGGGAGAGAUCCAAAAUUUAAAAGGUUUGAUCUGUUUGCUCGUGAUUUUUUUUAAAGGAGUGGGAUUGGACACGCAAUGAAUGUUAACUAAAAAAUGUUCUGGGAUCCUGGUACACCCAUGAAACUAUACGCGCGUUGCACACAUAAUACGUCAAAAUUAAUAUCUAGUGAAAUUGUUUGUAAAUAUUUUCUAAUUUUUAAUGAUAACCAACUGAACAAUACAAUUUUCAUAAAUUUAAAAUGAAAUUUUAAGUUGUCCUUUCGUUCGAUUUUAUACAUGUUAGAUUAGGUUAGGUUAGGUGCGAUCUUCCUACCAUUCAAGCCACGAGCCGCCACUGAAUUUUUCAGUUUGAUUAUAUUGAAACUGAAAACAGAUAAUAAGACAAUAUUCACUGGAACAUCUUAAUAUUAAAUCUGACCUCUAUUCAGAAUUGUAUAUUUAUACAAUGAUUUACCGCUGAUAAAAAUAUUUAAAACGAAUUUAUUCCUGAAUUCAAUCUUUCCAUGCACCGACUUUUUCAAUUUCAAUUACGUAUAUUUUAUUCAUGAAUGUGCGUUACCUACCUUAGAGUUCAUUUAUUAUGUAUAUUUAUAAAUAAUUUUAUUCGAAGAAAAAUAUUCAAAAGGCCAUACGUUUAAAUAAUGCAUUCUAUCUUUUUGUAAUUUUCCCCGAAAAUGGGGACUGUAGUGUACUGUAUUGUGUUUGUUAUACUCGUGUAUAUUUUUCCCUCACUUUUUUUGGACACUUUUUGUGGUUUCAUUCAGACCAAAUGAGUAGAGCUGAAUCUUUAUCACUUUUCUCCAAAAUCCGAUACUCCGAUAGAUAUUGCCGAUGUAAAACCGAUAACCGAUUCAAUAUUUUAUUUCCUUGGACCCGAUAUAAAAAAAAAAAAAAAAAACACUUACCUACACAUACAAAGUGUCAUAUAGUGUAUACAGAUGCUAAUAAAUCUGUUAAUUUUCAUUGUUUUUUUUCUCAAUUGGGUUUUUUGUCACGGGGACACGAAUGUAGAGAAAAAUUAAAUUUUUAUUUUCAUCUCUUAGUCACUAAAAAAAUGACUUUUUUCAUUUUUUAAAAUUUUCAAAAUAGCCAUUAAAAUAUGUUAUUUUCAAAAUUUGAACGUAUCAUACAUUCAUAUCCGAUCAAUAGUUUUGUAGUUAUAGCGGCUGUAAUGUAUUGAAAACAGGCGUGAAAACAAUUAAUACUCAAUAAUAUAUAAGGAAUUACCGCGCUGGUUGUGAUUCUUGAUCGCGUAACGUAUUAUUCUAUUGAAAAUUAAUUGUUUUCACACCAAUUUUCUAGAAAUUAAAACGGCUAUAACUAAGAAACUAUUAAUUGAAUUUGUACGUAUGGCACAUUAAAAGAAUAUCAUAUUAGAUUAAGUAAGUUAUUUUAUAAAUUAGUAAUUUUAAAAAGUGAACAAAUAAAGUUAUUUUCAUUCAGUGAUUAAGUGAUAAAAUAAUAUACAAAACACGAUUUAAAAAAAUGAAAAAAAAAAAAAAAAUGAAUAUCGACAGAUUUAUUACUUAUUAGCAUUUGAAUAGCUUUGUAGGACACAUGAUCGGUGUUAACCGAUAUAAAUUAUGUGAUAUAUCAAAAUAUCUUAGAUUUUUGCAAGGCUAUAAGCCAAUAUCGACCGAUAUUAAUAACGGUUAUCGGUUAUCGGUAUCAGUCCAGUCCUACAAAUCGGUUUAAACUCGGGAACUAGAGUUUUUUUGUGAUACAAUUUCAGUGAAAUUUUAAUAUGAAAAUUCACCAUGUCGUUGCACGGGAGGACGGUGUGUUUUAGCCUUGUAUUCUCCUAUAGAUAUGAAGUCAGGGGAAUGAACUUUUGUACAUACAUAGUGAAAGUAUGAGAUACGAGCCUUUUGGGAUUUAAACUUUCAACUCUCUUUCUAACUAUUUUUCAUGUUGAAAUUUUAUGUUUUCACAAGGAAUAUCGGGUUUUAAAUACCCCUGAAGACUCAUUAAAUUGAGUGAAUUAUUUUUAAACAUUCAUGUCACGUUCGCCUACACACCUUUAAUGUGUUAAAUGCUUGAAUAAUUAUUGCAGGUAAUAGCAGUAUUCUUAUUUUAUCGUCCAAAACAAUAAAAUAUCAGACAACGUUAACGAAAAUACUUUCAUUGACACGUAAUAUAAUCUAAUUCACAUUUACUAUGCAUAUUAAAUAUAACCUAAAAUAACUUAGGUAUGUACAUAAUUUAAAAUGCAAAUUUAUUGAGUUAAGUUAUCUUUUUUUACUGUUAAUUUCUCACUGUUCGUCUUUCUUAGAAUUAUUAUUUCAAAUACUAUUUAAUUACUAUUUUAGAUUUUUAGCAAAACAAAAAAAUGUAUUAGUUUUACUAUGAUGUGUUUUAAUUUUUAUUUUUCGUGUCUGUAAACAACUCUUCUACAUGUAAUGUAGCUUCAAUAAAAAUCUUUAUAAAAACUGUAUUGAAACAUUUUUGAUCUAGUUGUUGUUUCGCGGAAGUAAUUCUUGAUUCCACAUAGUUUUUCUUUACAAAUACGAAAAACCGGUAAUUUUGUUGGUUUAAUUUUAUUUUACUUUUUGGAUUAUUUGGCAACAAGGUGUAAAUACGACUAAUAAUCAAAAACGUUUGUUAUUAGAAACGGUAUACCAUUGAGUACACUGUACCGAACGUACACGCAGAUAAAAAUUAAAUUACUUAGUAAUAUUCUCCUUUCUAACAGUGACACACCCAUGGGUAUUAAACGUUGUUUUUUUUUUUUUUUUUUUUUUAAAUUUUAAUAACGCGUUUAAUAAAAAUGUGUAUUUUAAUAGAAACAAAAAAAAAAAAAAACCGCGAAUCAAACUAUUUUUAGUCUCGGUGCAACUCUCCGUGCACGAAUGAAUAAUAUUGCGUAGACACGUUAUCGUUAGCAGGUAUCCAAAUCACAAAUCACCUUUGCAACUGUUUCUUCACACUCUAUAUUUGUUUGUAACAUAUAUCAAUAUUAUAUAUUACUACGUCUCUCCGUAUAAUAUAUCAGACGAAACGGUGUGCAGGAGAACGGCGCGACGUGUAUACUAUGCGCAUACAUGCUGUGCACCGCGGAAAAUGUCUGGACGGCUGCCGGAUCGAUUAUAAUCCGGUAGCGUUGCCUGGCAACCGAACCGAGGCUCCUGUAAAGAAAGCGCACCGUUUUCCCGAAAACAUUCGGACUCCGAACGGUCGUAAAUUACACGUUUCUACGGUCUCCGUCCUGGGAUGCUAUAUUACGGAAUCGCUGGGUUUUUUUUUUUUUAUUAUUAUUUAUUCGUCUUGCGACGAUUUUUCCCAUUUCCAGUGUCGAUAUCAAGUUCGUCCACACCGACGGUAAACGCAUUCACUCGUGCGCGACUACUGAGUGCAUGGCGUUUUUUUUUUUUUUUUUAAAAAAAAAUACCCCAUAUCUUUUUAUAUUUAAAAGGGCGAAACUAAUGGCGUAAAAAAGAAAACGAAUCGAUAAAUAAAAAUCACUUGUCACGCCCCACAUACGAGGGGGGGGGGGGGAAUUUUUCGUUUUUUUUUUUAAAUUUUUUUUUUAUUUCUAUCGCAUAUUCUUUUAUUCAAAAUAUCAGCGUAAACGGCGAGUUUGGUGACAGUGCAGGCGGAAAAACAGUGAGGGACUCACGACGACGGCGCGCGACGGCUAAGGCCACAGCUUCCGCAGAGACCGACGAGCGCCAAAAUGCGAACGGAGUGCGAAACAUUCUCCACCGGGCGUUCAGUGAACUACUCGACGAGCACUUGUCCGGUCGUCGGGGAUAAUUCCGUCGCAUCCCAAUAACAAAUCAUAAUAAAAGGCUGCGCGUGCUGUCCAUUGUCUCGGUUUAUGGGUGAUUUCGAUGUUGUUUGUUUUCCCCUCGCCUUUUUCUAACCACUAGACGUUUUCCCGCGACGAAGAUGAAGUGCCCGACCGCAACACCAUUUUGGAUUUUAUAUUGUUUUGUUUGCUCGACGUACCGCGCGUCAGGGCUUCCGGACACGAUUAGAAUCGGUAUGUAUUGUGCAUCUGCGCAUUAUCAAUUAUUAUUAUUAUUAUUAUUACAAUAAUAUUGUUAUUCGUUACCAUUAUUAUGCGGCACGCGACGGGCGUUCGCAUUGUUAGUAUUUUAUAUUUAAGGCAUACAAAAUAUAUAGUUUGUUGCGCGUUUUAUCGACGAGUACCUAAUAAUAUUGUCACAUCGAUUCAUCGCGAUUGUAUUUCACACAAACGAAACCGUCUCUCAAAUUUAAAUGUAUUAAAAUCGCAUGGAAUUGAUUUUCCGAAAAAACGAAAAAGUUCGAUUUUUAUUUACGUCAAAUGUUUUUCUAGCUAUUCAAAUGAUAUUUUGUGCACCAUUUAAAGUUACCCAGAGGCCACCGUGAAGCGGCGAAUGUCUCGAUUCGCAAAAACUAUUUUUCUUUUCUUUUUCUUUUUUUUUUUUUUGUCUUUUUAUUGUUAGAGUCAUGUUAGAUUCAAGUUCAGAUAAUUAAAUUUGUAUUACAAAUUUGAUAAACAAUGUAUAAAAAUUCUAUAAAUCACACCAGCAUUUUAAUAUACAUAUAUUAUUUCAUAUUUAGAAUCAUAUUGGUUGAAUACUUUUUUUAAAAAAAAUUACAUUCCAGAAACAGUUUUCUUUGAGAUAUUCGCCAAGUACGUUUGAAGUAUUAACAAGUUUUUUGUUUAAAUAUUGCAUACGUACUAUCAUACGUUUAUUGUAGGUAGGUAGCUUAUGUAUUUCAAUACCAAAUGAUUUAUCCCGAAUUCCGGCAUCCACCGAUAGCAGAUCGAUUAUUAUUAUGACUGACGGUCAUCAAACAAUAAUGCAGGUUGAAAUGGAUUUGGUGAAAACGAUUGACGCUCGUUUAACCAUCAAUAAUACAAUUUAGAGUUAUCUCGUCACAAUAUUAUGAUUAUUUUCACGUUGAUAAUACUACGACAGUUACAAAAAUGGUUUUAGAGUAAAUAUAAACAAAAAUAUAAUAAACAAAUGCACUUGAAAAAACUAACAAAUAUGACAUUUAUUAUAUUACGAUUAUCGAUCUUCUUCAAUAAUAAAUAUUAUGCACAUGAACGAAAACGAAUGCAUGUGUGUUUGUGCUUUAUUCGGUUUUUAAGUAUUUUUAGUAUAAAAAUCGAAUUAUUUUUGUUGAUUUAUGGGUAACCUCGGUGAAACGGACGAAAAAAACAUUGUUAUUGAUUUUCGUAGUGUAAUCCCUUUGUUGUCCGGGCAUUCACGGUAAUAGCAUACAAUGAUAAUUUAUCUAUUAACAUUAUUCAGGAAUUUUUUUAUUACACGAGCAAAGCUGGACUGGACAGCUUUUUUGCUAUAAAACCUAACCGAAAAGGUUGUUAAUCGAUUUUAUAUCUAUUUAAAAUUAAUAAUUCUCUUCUUGUUAAACACUCUCGUUAAAAUACUUAUUAUUCAUAAAUAACUUAAAGACUCUUUAAAAAUAUACCGGAAAUAAGUACAGAAUGUUUUGAUUGUCGAAAAAUAAUUUUCCCCCUUGUUAUAUUAUUUAAAUGGCGCUUCAGAAAAAUCAAUUUAAAAACAAACAUGUUUAUUCGAAAUUGAAUUGGUUUAACAAUCAAUUAUCGAUUGACUUCAUUGUCGUGACGGAUUUAAUUCCAAUUAAUUAUUUACCUAUCCAGUGUGUUACAAUAUUAGCUGAUAAAAUAUUAUAUUUGGUAUUCAGUCGCAUUUCAAGAAUACCAUUGCAAAUUUAAUUUGAUUUCUAUCCGACCGUAAUUAUUUAAAAUCCGAAAAACCGAUACUGCAUAUGGGUAUCAUCCACUGUUGUGGUAGUUGAAAAUAUAGAAUAUAUAUUAUAUACUCACUAUUUAGGGUAGGUAGUUAUUGUCAAAUAAAUAUAUUUUAUUUGUAAAUUGUACCUAUCUACUUUCAUAUUCUCGCAUACAAAGACAAUUUUACUUUUGUUUUUAAUCUCUUGUAUAUUUUAUUCUUACUCGGCAGGAGGUUUAUUUCAUCCAAAUGACGUCAACCAAGAAAAUGUAUUUAAACACGCCAUCCAUGACGUGAACGAUAACCGUCAUAUACUUAGCAGGUCCAAUUUGUCCGGACAGAUUGAAAAAGUAUCGUCACAAGACAGUUUUCACGCGUCCAAGAGGGGUACGAUAACAAUUUUGAUUAUACCACACACACACACACACACAUAUUUUGAAAAACGUAUUAUGUUUUUUCCGAAAAAAAAAAAAAACAAAUAUCAUGGAGUCGUGACUCUUCCUUGUUCUUCUGUUCGCAGUAUGCAGUCUGCUCAGACUCGGCGUCGCUGCAGUAUUCGGCCCUCAGUCGGCCCAAAUAUCCAGUCACGUCCAGUCGAUUUGCGAUACAAUGGAAAUACCCCAUUUGGAGACACGGUGGGACUACAAACUGCGCCGCGAGAGCUGUUUGGUUAACCUCUACCCACAUCCCACUAUACUGUCUAAAGUAACGUAUAUGCUAAUAUUGCUUUAUUGUAUGCGCUGUGCGUACAAAAAUAUAUUACCUACGGCGUUGCCGGAUUAUCAGAAGAUUAGUGAUGUUUUCAAUUUGCCCGUCACCACCGUAGGCUUAUUUAGAUUUGGUGAAAACAUGGGGAUGGAAGUCUUUCACGAUAAUAUACGAGAGCAACGAAGGCCUCGUAAGAUUGCAGGAAUUGUUAAAAGCCAGGAACGCCGCACUGUCAGCGUACUCGAUAACAAUACGACAAUUGGGGACCGGAAAAGACCACAGGUAAAAAUCGCACGAUAUGGCAUAAUAUACGUGCUUUGUUUAUCACAUAGUAUUAAUCGAAAACUAAUCGUCUUUUUUCAGACCUCUUUUGAAGCAGAUAAAAAAUUCUGCGGAAUCGCACAUCGUGUUAGACUGUUCGACUGAAAAAAUUUACGACGUAUUAAAACAAGCACAACAAAUCGGAAUGAUGAGUGACUAUCACAGCUAUUUGAUCACGUCUUUGGUAAGAUUUUUAGUGAUUGUUAUAGCUUUCAGGUAAUCAUCGACCGUGUUUAAAUUCUUUUUAAUUUACAGGACCUUCACAUCAUCGAUCUGGACGAGUUCAAAUAUGGUGGCACAAAUAUCACUGGUUUUCGAUUAGUCAAUCCCGAUACACCUAUGGUGCAAAAAGUACUCAAACAAUGGGUGAGUGGAUAUUAUGUAUUACUUUUUAAUCCAGAAGCAAAUUUUGAAUAAACUUUAAAAUAGUUAGGUACUAAUUUUGUACCAUAUGUGAUACAACUAUUCGAGGUACAUGAUAACACAGCUAUUUAAACGCUUUAAAUAUGAUAUCUAAUGUUUAUUGUACAUAAAGAGCAUUGAGCAGAAAUUUAAACUGGCAACUUCAUAUGAAUAUUUAAAAAAUAUUUUACUAUAAAACUUUCGAUAUUUUUAUAUUUACUAAAAGACUGUUUUAUGGAAACCCCUUUAUCAAAUUAUUGAUUUUAAUUAUCGAUUAAUUAUCAAGUAGGUAUUUAAAAUUUGAAAUCUAUAUAAAACAAAAAAAAAAAAAUAUGAACAUUUUAAAUACUUAGUUAUAAAAAAUUCAAAAACCGCUAUGAUGUAUUAACCAUAUUUUACUACGUUUAGAAAAGUAUACUAGUAAACGCCCUUGAAUUUGAUAAUUAGAGCAAGAUUACAAUAAAAAUAUUUUUUUAACGAGAAAACUUGUCUUUCUUCCGUUAAAUUUGUCUUGCAAUACUUUCAAGAAAAAUAAGUAAAAUAUAAAAAUCAUUGGGUUUGAUGAAAUUUAAUGUAUAUGGUGUAGUAAAAUAAUAUUACAUUUUUUCUGUUUAAAAGAUUACAUUUUGUGGAAAUUCAUUGAAUGAAAAAAAAAUCAAAAUGUAUUUAAAUACACUUUUUUGCCUUUAAUUGUUUACAUUAAUAAUACAUAACAAUGUAUGGAUAGUUAAAUAAGAAUUCGUACGGGUAUUCAUUUAUAUUGAUUUGAUCUAUUAUGUAUACUGUUUUGCAGAGUUCUGUUAUUCAUUUACGAUUUAAAUAAGUAAAAAUUACUAUUAAUUAGAAAUUAAUUUCAAAAUAAAAUAUAUUAAUUAUUUUAGAAGAAAGCCCAAAUUAUUAUUAUAUUACAUUUUAUUUUGUUAUUUCAGGGAGAAAAUUUCACUAUCAUGUCGGUAAGAAAAAUGAAGAGGCGCAUUAUUUUCGUAAAUUAACAUCUUUCUUCUAAUAGUAUAAUAUUUGUCUGUUUAGACCGAAACGGCUUUAAUUUAUGACGCUGUUCAUCUAUUUGCGAGAGCUCUACAUGAUUUGGACAGCAGUCAAAAAAUUGAUAUAAAACCAUUGAGCUGUGACGCCUCUGAUACAUGGCCACACGGAUACAGUUUGAUAAAUUAUAUGAAAAUAGUAAUUGGAACAUUAUGGCAUUUUAAUAUAUGACGGCUUUUAAUAUUUUUUAUUAUUUAUAGGUAGAAAUUAGUGGGUUAACGGGAGUCAUUAAAUUUGAUAACCAGGGAUUUAGAACAGAUUUCGAGUUAGACGUGGUCGAAGUGAACAAAGAAGGACUAUCUAAGAUUGGUACUUGGAAUUCCAGCCAAGGGAUAAACUUCACUAGAUCUUUUGUUGAAGCAUAUUCAAAUAUCGUUGAUAAUCUUCAUAAUAAAACAUUAGUUGUCACUUUGAUACUUGUAAGUUAUUAAACUUAAUGCAUACAUAUAUUGACUAUCAACAAUACUAUUCACUUUACUUUUUUUUUUUAUAGAGCUCGCCAUAUACAAUGCGACGUGAAUCCAGUCAAAAACUAGUAGGGAACGAUCAAUUCGAAGGCUACGCGAUAGAUUUGAUAUACGAAAUAGCCAAACUGUUACGUUUUAAUUAUACGCUAAAACUUGUCCCAGAUGGACGUUAUGGUUCCUAUAGUAAGGAAACGAAAGAAUGGGACGGAAUGAUGGGAGAACUUUUACAACAAGUACAUUUUAAAUUUAAAAAAUUGAUUCAGAGAGACAUAAUAUCCACUAUUCUUCUUUUUUGCUGAUGAUAUUAUUAAGUUUUCCUUGAAAUCGGUUCAUAUAAAAGUUGUUCUUCAGUCCAAACUAAAUUUCUUUUCUUUUUGUGUCCAAUACUUAAGAUUUUAUUUCAAUAUCAAUAAGUAUCGUGUGUUGAACUUUUCUAUAAAUUCUAUAAUGCUUCUAUUAAUUUUUCUUAGCAGUUUUCUGAAGUUCCCACUAUAGAUGUGUUUUUUUUUUCAAAGACCUCGAUAUUUCUACUCUUCUUUGUUAUGUUUUGACCAUCACUUAAGGUACUGAAUAUUUGUAAAGUCUUUGUGAUUCUAGAGUUUAUUACACGGUUCACUAAAGUGUGAUCUUCGGCUAGGUUUCUCCAUUCUUUAUAUUUCUCACGGGUUCAAACUGUUCAAUGUUGGAAUAAAGGGUAGGAAUCUGGCAUCCUUAUUUUGUGAAGAACCAAUUGCGCAUUGAAAGAAUCCGUUAUGAAUUCCUUUCUUAUACAACCUUGUUAUUAAAAAUGAGCUAUACCUUCUAUGACUACUCAUUCGUCCGUCAAUCUCUUGGUAAUAAAAUACUUUCUGAAUACGAUAUUACUGCUGAAAUUAGCUUCAUUUCAUCCUUUUUGAAUGGUUUAUUUGAUACUUCCGUCCUCCUCGCUAGUAUUUAGUCCCCUUGCUUACCUAAUUUACCAGGGACAUUCUCGCGUUCUCUUUCACUCAACUGCUUAAGGCAGCAAUCGCUUCAAAUGCUCACUAAUAUUAAUAAUACAUCAUAGCUACUCAGUUCUUGGUCCUAUAGAUCUUAUAUUAUCAGAUUGUCCAUUUAUAUUGUUUGUUAUAAUAUAUUUUAAUAUAUACCUUGUUACUUCUAUUUCUAUAAACAAAACGUCUGAACUGGUGUUAAUUAAAAAAAAAAAAUUGAUCAUAUAUAACUAUUUUUAUAUUAUUUUAGAGGGCAGAUUUAGUGGUAGCCGAUUUAACUAUUACUUAUGACCGUGAACAAGCUGUAGAUUUUACUAUGCCAUUCAUGAAUUUAGGUAAGAAUUUUCAGAAACCAUAAAACAACUUAUAUAUAUAUAUAUUUAAGUUGUAUGUAUCAUAUGUAAUAAACAUUGUGUAAAUUAAAAUAUGAUUUUAGGUAUAAGUAUUCUUUACCGAAAACCAAUCAAACAACCACCGAACCUAUUUUCGUUUUUGUCACCUUUGUCGUUGGACGUAUGGAUUUAUAUGGCAACUGCAUAUCUCGGCGUAUCUGUUCUUCUAUAUAUACUAGCCAGGUAACGCACGUAAAAUACAAAUUUAAAAAUAAUCUAAUAAAUACAAUUUCUUGGAUAAAAAAACAAUAACAUACAUGUGGUUUUAACGGGUAAGGUUUACACCAUAUGAAUGGUACAAUCCCCAUCCGUGUAAUCCAGAUCCAGAUAAUCUUGAAAAUCAAUUUUCUCUGAUGAACUGUAUGUGGUUUGCAUUUGGCUCUUUGAUGCAACAAGGCUGUGAUAUACUUCCCAAGUAAGAAAAACCGUUGAAUGGAAUAAAAUCAAUAGAAUCAAUGUAUCAAUGUAUGUAAUAUGAUGCAAUGCUAUUUGAGCCUAAAGACUAAAUAUUAUACACGCCUACCACACAAGAGUCCUCUCAGCCAUAUUUAACCUAUUAAAUACUGGGAUAAACUUAUAUCCAAUGCAAGCUUCUGUAGAAUAUGCAUGUUUUAUGUUUAGGUUUAGUCCAUAUGAAUGGGAAAAUCCACACCCUUGCAACUCCGAAGCACCGGAUGUUUUUGAAAACAAGUUUUCCUUGAACAACUCAUUAUGGUUUACGAUCGGCUCUCUGAUGCAACAAGGAUCUGAUAUGGCUCCAAAGUAAGUAUUUGCAUGCAACCGUAUCCUUUGGCUAAGAGAGCCGAUCUCAAUGUACCUAUUCGAUUUUGAAUGUGUAUGCUUAUUAUCUAUAGUUUAUAUAAUAAUAAUAUAUUUAUUAGUUUACUUCACGUAGUUUAUUUUAUUUUUCUUCAAAUAAGAAAAUAAGUAAUACAACUGUAUUAAAUAAAAUACUCGUUUAAUUUUACUCUAGAGCUGUGUCUACCAGAAUAGUUGCUGGUAUGUGGUGGUUUUUCACGCUUAUCAUGAUCUCUUCAUAUACAGCAAAUUUAGCAGCGUUUUUAACUGUGGAAAGAAUGGAUUCACCAAUCGAGAGUGCUGAAGAUCUCGCCAAACAAACAAAAAUAAAAUAUGGUGCACUUCAAGGGGGUUCAACUGCUUCAUUUUUCAAAGUAAAAUUCAUUAAAAAGAUGUUUUACAACAUUUGUUUACUUAAUGAGUUAUUUAUUAUUACAUUAAGGAAUCAAACUUUAUAACCUAUCAAAGGAUGUGGUCAUUUAUGGAAUCAGCCAAACCAAGCGUAUUUAUGAAUUCUAAUAACGAAGGCGUUGAACGCGUUGUAAAGGGCAAAGGGAACUACGCGUUUUUAAUGGAAUCCACUAGCAUCGAAUAUGUAAUUGAAAGAAAUUGUGAGCUAACACAAGUCGGUGGCCUACUGGAUUCGAAAGGAUACGGCAUAGCUAUGCCUCCGAGUUAGUAUUCUUGAACUAUAUCCUAAUUUUUCUUAGUUUUAAUAUUUUCUUGGUUUAAUUUUUUUAGAUUCUCCUUAUAGAACAGCAAUCAGUGGAGCUGUAUUAAAGCUUCAGGAAAUCGGUAAAUUGCAUAAACUGAAAACAAAGUGGUGGAAAGAGAAAAGAGGAGGCGGUGCUUGUCGGGUAUGUUUAAGAAAACAAUUUUGAGUCUAUUAAACCAACGAUCUUUAAGUUUAAUCCUUCCUUAGGACGAUACAUCAAAGUCCAAUAGCGCCGCCAACGAAUUGGGUCUUGCUAACGUCGGUGGAGUAUUUGUUGUACUGAUGGGUGGAAUGGGCGUAGCUUGUGUGGUCGCCGUUUUUGAGUUUGUAUGGAAAUCAAGAAAAAUAGCGGUCGAAGAAAGGGUACGGAAAAAUGCAUUACAUGUAGCAUAACUAUGUAAUUGAAAAACAAUUAAAUAUUAAAUUGCAUUAUUUAUUUCUUUCAGAUUAUAAAAUACCAUACAAAGUACAGAAAGUAAUAUAAGAUAUCAUAUGCAAUCCUGGAAUCCUACUACUAAGAAGGCUACACUAUAAUGUUUAUGUAGUCUUGAAUUUUAAUAUUAUUAUUUUUUUUUUUUAUACUAAUUACAUUAUGUACAUUUUGUAUAACUAUUUGGAUAAUUUAUUGUAGAUUAAACAAUUUUAUUCCGAGUUAUACUCAUAAAUUUAAAUAAAUAAUAUU